AUGGAGAACUUUCAGCAAUGCUUUAAGCUCAUCUUGAAGGCUUUAGAAACCAGUGUGGAUUUGAUUACAACUGGAAACUUCAUGUCUAGAUUUUGCUCCAACCUUUGUCUUCCUAAACAAGUUCAGAUGGCAGCUACACACAUUGCUCACAAAGUUGUGGAACUGGACUUGGUUCCUGGACGGAGCCCAAUUUCUGUGGCUGCUGCAGCCAUUUACAUGGCCUCGCAGGUGUCAACUGAGAAGAGGACUCAGAAAGAAAUCGGACAUGUUGCUGGUGUUGCUGAUGUUACAAUCAGACAGUCCUACAGACUGAUCUACCUCCAAGCCCCAGAUCUGUUUCCUACAGACUUCAAAUUUGACACCCCUGUCAAUAAGCUUCCACAGCUAUAA